UCCGUCUCCCGCCACUGCCAUCCUCCCUCAUGCGUGCAUCAGCCGUCUGCGGGCGCUGGCGGCGCCUCGUCACCGACCCUAAGUUCAUCCGCAGCUUCCGCGCCCACCACCGGAAGCCGCCACUUCUGGGCGUCUUCGAGAUCAGCGACCAGGGGAUCGUGUUCAACCCCAUCCUCGACACUCCCGACCGCAUAACUCCUCAGCGCUUCUCCCUUGGACGCUACACCGGCAUCUGCGAAUUGCUCGAUUGCCACCACGGUCGCGUUCUCGUCAAAGACUGGGCGUGGGAAGAGAUCCUUGUUUUUGACCCCAUCACCCGCCAACCGCACAGUGUGGCCGUUCCUCCAGAUUUAGGUUUCCCCUUCCUUCACGGGGCUGUGCUCUGCGCUGACGGUGAUCAGGGCCACGUGCACGGAGGCUGCUACCUGAGCCCCUUCAAGGUGGUCAUGGUGUCUGUGCACAGCCAGGGUACUCGAGCCUGUGUUUACUCCUCAGAGACUGGCAUAUGUGGCAAUCUCAUCUCAACAGAGGCUCCGUGUGAGGAUAUUGGUAAAUCUGCAGUUCUUGUUGGUAACUGCCUUUACUGGCUGUCCAUCGGUGAAGUUAUUGUGAAGUUUGAUUUGGAUGAGCACAGCCUAACUGUGAUCAGUGGCCCUUCCGUUACAAAUUAUAUUCCCUAUGACAACCGUCAGAUCAUCCGGGCUGAGGAUAGCACUGUUGGCUUCGCCAUAUGCGAUUGCUCAUGCUUCAAAUUGUGGCAGAUGAAUGUCAAUGGCCAUGGUGCCACAUGGGUGCCGUGGAGGACCGUUGAAUUUCAUACCAUUCUUGGAUUCCCUCCUCGGAUUGAAGGACAUGUGGAUAUGAAGGGAUAUGAUGAGGACACUGGUGCCUUCUUCAUAUAUGUGAACUCUGAUGUAUACAUGGUUCAGCUCAAGUCUAGGCAAUCCAACAGACUUCCUUGGACUCAUCAUUUCUCUUCCUACCAUCCUUUCAGAAGCUUCUAUACACCAGGCACAGCCAUUGUCGGUGGUUCUAAUGGAGCUGAAUUUUUGCAUAAUUCAUAUGAUGACAGGCAGGUUUGAUGUGCUGAAAUGGUUCCACAGGUAAGAAGAUAUUCUGAAUAUAGUUUGCCAGAUUUGAACUGUUUAAUUUUUUCUAUGGAAAAUAUCCAGCUGUCAACAUGGGUACCAUGCACUCACAAACUACUAUCCAUUUGGCUAUAGGUAUUUACACAUGUGAAUAACACAAACCGCAAUUUAAAGAUGGUGAUGCAAAGAUAAAAUGAACUACUCCCCUCAUCCCGAAAAGGAUGUCCCAGAUUUUUCUAAAUUUGGAUGUAUCUAUACACUAAAUAGUGUCUAAAUAAAUCCGAAUUUAGACAUAUCUGCUACAUCCUUUUCGGGACGGAAGGAGUACUUCUUUGGUUCAUAAAUGAUAUCCAGAUACUGAAUAUGGUGAUGUCAAGAUAGCUUGACAUCCCUAGAGUUCUCCAUUGUUUAGCUGUUUCAUAAUCCAUAAGCUGAUAGCAAUAGAUUGCUCCAUGGUUUUUGAGUCGCUGUAUAGUCAUUGUAUAGUCGCUGUAUAGUCGGUGAGUUGUUUUCUCAAAAUCACGACGACUCGCGACUUAUGGCGACUACACAGCGACUUUCGUCGACUAUAGAACGAGUCGCAGCAUUGGUGAGUCACUUUUGAGUCACGACUCAAAAACCUUGGAUUGCCCCUUCUUUUUGGCUUUGACUUGGGUAGAAACCACAGCUUUUCCUUAUCUUCCUACAGGAGCUCCUGUAGGCAGAAGCCCUAUAUAUAUUAGGUACUCAAUUUUUUAUUAGCUUGUUAUAAACUCCGGUUGCAGCAUUCAAGUCCUUGAACACAACAAAUUGCAGUGUCCAAAGGCUUCAAUGAUUUAUUUUAUUGUGAUAGGUAUUCGUUGGAUAUGUAGACAGAAAUGUGUUUCUAUUACAGAGCUGCUCCCUGUGUUGCUGACCUGAUAGCGAAAUUAUUUCUCCAGGUGAUGGAAUGGCUGCUGCAAUUCUCACUGAGUUUGUUGCAUUGCAUCAUGUAGUUGGCGUGUUUAUAUCGUUAUCUGAAAAAGUUAUCAUGUCUAAGUCUAGCCAAGUUUCUAAUUUAGCAAGAUCUUUUGAAUACCAUUGAGGGAGUUUUAGCUUCUCGGAUAUCAUGUCAAGUCAGGUUUCAUCGUAUUUACUCUUUUAAUAUGGUUGUGCUUGGCAGCUCUUUUCAGCCAUGAGAGUUUCAGUACCAAUUAUGACGUAAAUUUAUAUGUUUGUGUAUGCUCUCCAACUGUGGUGUGAAAAGCGUGUCAGCACUGUCGAUCUAAUAUGGCCCUCGUCCACUAGUGCCAUGUUUCUCAUUGAGCCAGUAGGAGGAACUACUGUGGAGAGGUUUGAGGCUGACUGAAAUAACUAGUGCACUUCUGGAUAUAUCAAGUUGCUUCAGAGUUUUUACAAAGCAGGUAUGCUGGGAAUUUAUUUAUUCUAGUC